UCCUGCCCCGCCCGUUCUCUCUUGCAGAGCGACUACUCGAGUGACACGGAGAGUGAGGACAACUUCCUCAUGAUGCCCCCGCGGGACCACCUGGGCCUCAGCGUCUUCUCCAUGCUCUGCUGCUUCUGGCCCCUGGGCAUCGCCGCCUUCUACUUGUCCCACGAGACCAACAAAGCCGUGGCCAAGGGGGACUUGCACCAGGCCAGCACCAGCUCCCGGCGGGCCCUGUUCCUGGCAGUGCUGUCCAUCACCAUCGGGACCGGCGUAUAUGUGGGCGUGGCUGUGGCCCUCAUCGCCUACCUCUCCAAGAACAACCACCUGUGAGCUUCCUGCGAGUGGACGGGGAGCACCCAGGGCAGGUCUGUGUGGGCAUGGAGGAAGCAGACAUGCCGCAUGACGCAGUGCAGUGCAAAUGAUUGCCAAAUGACGCCGCGAAGCCCUGGGAUUUCCUACCCGUGGAUUUCUUUUGUUUUUACCCUUUAAUUUCAUGUUCACAGCACUGUGUAGAGCACCAGACAGACGGGCACUGCUAAUCCUUCCAAAGGAAAGCUCCAAAGAUCCCAGCCCACAAGGCUGUCUCUGGAUAGGUUCUGGUGGAUGAAUGGCAGCGUGGCUCUCUGCAGCCUGCCAGUGCCCAGAGUGCCACCGCAUUAGCAAUAUACAAACAGUCCAAAAAAGUGUUUAUUUUUAUGGAAUACGGUGCAAUAGGCAGAGGACAAGGGACACGCCACUCUUCUGUCUGUGGCCCUGCUGGAGUCCUUUGUGUCCCCCCGAGUCCACAUGCCUUCCCUGCAAGACAAGAAUGGGGCUGGGAAGGAAGAGGUGACACCACGCUGGCAGGACCCCCGCUGCACUGCUCUGCAGACCCAUUGGCCUGACCCCGAGACACAGGGCCAGCAAAGCCCAGGACCUGCCCCCGUUCCUUUCCCUUCACCCUACCCAGCCUCGGGAUGUCAAGCCACCUCCGGAACAUGUCUACACUCCACAGCUACCCCGCAGCAAUACGCACUCUUGGGACCUCGCUGAUCCAGGAUGGGGAGGCAGGCCAUCGCCCCUCCCAAGACUCCUCAAGAAACUGACCUGCGGUUGCUCCAGAAACUCGAGGCUCUGCAGCCGUGAGCACCGCCGGAGCCUAAAGACACGGGCUCUUCCCAGUCACGGCGCUGGCGGGCAUUCACCCCAUCAUAAGCAGACACUAGUGAUCCCAGAAACGAGAUGGGCCUUACUCUGUCGACUAAAUGAAUAGCUAUUUUCUUGUCAUUUUUUUAAGUGCAACUCUUGCUUCAUGCUGCUUAAGUUACCAGACGAAUGCUGAGAAAUAAGUAAUCACAGACAUUUUAAUACCAUUUCAUUGCUGUUUUACGAGUGUUCAUUACUUAACAGAAAGUUAUCUUUUA